AUGGCUGUUCAACAUCUCAGUCAGUUCAUGCAGCAGCCAUAUGUGCCUCAUAUGCAGACUGCCCUUCACUUGCUUAGAUACCUUAAAGGCACUGCUGACUUUGGUGUGCUCUUCAAUUCUUCUCCUGAUUUUUCCCUCAGAGUUUAUUGUGACAGUGAUUGGGGUGCAUGUUCUGAUAGUAGGAAAUCAGUUACUGGAUUUUGCAUUCUACUGGGUGGUUGUUUAAUUGGGUGGAAAUCCAAAAAGCAAACUGUUUUGUCGUUAUCCUCUGCUGAAGUAGAGUACAGGUCCAUGAGCAAAGCUGUUGCUGAGAUUACUUAG